GGAAAGUCCUGUUUUACUGUAUGGGCUGGGAAAACAAAUACUAACACCUUUUUUUGCAGCUCCAUUGUGGACUGAAUACAUAAAUAGGCUGGUCAUUAAGUCACCAGGAUACAAAAUGAGCAAACCAAUGUCUGCGCAAGGCAUGUCCAAAAUGGACGAGGCAAAGAAUGUGAAGGAUGAGAAUAAGCUGUACUUGCACGAGGGGAUCCUCUACUCUACAAUCAUGAGCCCCCCAGAAAAUCUUAAAGGCCUGAAGGAGCUGGAGGGCAGACCCAAUGACAUUUUACUGGUGGCCUACCCAAAAUGUGGGUUCAACUGGAUGGUUGCUGUGCUACGCAAAAUCAUGGCUGCAGCCUCUGGGCAACAAGAACUGUCUCAAAUACCUCCACUGAUGGAGUUUUUCUCUCCGGACAUGCAGAAGGUGGUGGGAGAAAUGCCCUCUCCGCGGUUACUGGGCACACAUUUGCACCCUGAUAACAUCCCUGGCACUUUUAUUGCGAAGAAAACAAAGAUGCUGGUUGUGUUCCGAAACCCAAAAGAUACAGUCGUAUCAUACUACCACUUCAUGAACACAAACCCUGUUUUGCCUAAUGCCAAAUCCUGGGAUUCAUUUUUCACAGACUUCAUGGAGGGUGAAGUGGCUUGGGGCUCUUACUUCAACCAUGCCCUCGCCUGGGAGAAACUAAUGGACAAUCCUAACAUAUUGAUGGUCACUUAUGAGCAAAUGAAGGAGAAUCUAGGUCAGGGGGUGCAGCAGAUAUCCAAGUUCUUUGAUUUCCCAUUGACUGAAGAGCAAGUCCAGACAAUUGCAGGGCAGAGCACCUUCAAUGCUAUGAAGGAAAGUUCCAAGAACACCCAUGGAAAACAUGGCAAUGUGUUUUUCCGAAAAGGUGAAGUUGGAGAUUGGAAGAACCAUCUAAGUGAAGCCCAAAGUAAACAGAUGGAUGAGAAGUUUGAGAAGCACCUGGCUCACACUAAACUAGGGGCUAAGUUAAAAUAUGAUAUUUACUGCAAGUAGGGAGUUGAAAUUUCCAGAUCCAAUGCAGAAUGAGCAUGUUCAGAAGAUUGAAAUAGAAAAAUGUUGCUCAUGUCUACAGUAGGCCUAAACCUUCUGUAAGAAUACUCAAAGAUACAUUUAUAGCGCAGAGAACUAGAGAUCAAUGCAACUAGUUGUUUUUCAGUUCAGCAUCUGUUUCGAAUCUGUGUAUGGGGUUCCAGUUUGGACUCAUAGCUACACGUGGCAAGUUCUCAUUGGUCCAAACUAUCUACACAUUAAAGCCUGAAACGGGAUCCUUUGUAUUCGGCCAAUUUUACUGCAAGAAAUUCUAAUUGGUUAUUAACCACAGGCUAGGUUUUAGUAUAAACUACAUCCUGUCUCUUUGUUCAAUGAAGAAACAACAAGAACAGGGAAGAAUGAACAUCAACCAUCCACUUUCCAGCAUAACAACUAUGAUUUAUUUAUUUUUGAAUUAAUAUAUUUUUCUCCCCCUUAUUUGUUUUGAGGUCUGUGUUGUCGGAAAAAUAACAUAAACAGAAUAACCAACCAAAUUUUCCAGCGGUAUUUGCAGUGUUUUUCUUCUAUUUUGACCAGAAUAUGAAUAGUAAAUUGAUACGAAUUUCAGAAUAAUUUAGUUAGUUUUGGAAUAAAUCAUAACUUCAUUUUGUUGGGUGUUACAGAAACUAUGUCUGUCUCCAUAAAUGUUGAUUUAGCUUGUUUGACUUCAGACUGUAAUAACCCAAUGGAACUGUAGCUAUGCAAUGGAUGAAAGAAGGGACUAGCUUUAUAGACUGUUGCUUUAUUCUUAUCCAGAGAAUCGUGUUAAUGCAACUGCACUAAGAACAUGUAUGGGCUGCAUCCCAACACUCUGAACCAUUUUUUAUUUUUUUAUUUCACCUUUAUUUAACCAGGUAGGCCAGUUGAGAGCAGGUUUUUGUUUACAACCGUGACCUGGCCAACAUAAAGCAAAGCAGUGCGACACAAACAACAACACAGAGUUACAAAGGAAUAAACAAACGUACAGUCAAUAACACAAUAGAAAACAGUGUGUGCAAAUGGCGUAAGGAUGUGUAAGGCAAUAAAUAGGCCAUAGUAGCGAAGUAAUUACAAGUUAGCAAAUUAACACUGCCUUGAUAGAUGUGCCAAUGAUGAUGUGCAAGUAGAAAUACUGGUGUGCAAAAGAGCAAAUAAACGCAAAUAAAAACAAUAUGGGAAUGAGGUAGGUAGUUGGAUGGGCUAUUUACAGAUGGGAUGAGUACAGCUGCAAGCUGCUCAGAUAGCUGAUGCUUAAAGUUUGUGAGGGAGAUAUAAGUCUCCAACUUCAGCGAUUUUUGCAAUUCGUUCCAGUCAUUGGCAGCAGAGAACUGGAAGGAAAGGUGCCCAAAGAGGUGUUGGCUUUGGGGAUGACCAGUGAGAUAUACAUACUGGAGCAUGUGCUACGGGUGGGUGUUGUUAUGGUGACCAGUGAGCUGAGAUAAGGCGGAGCUUUACCUAGCAAAGACUUGUAGAUGACCUGGAGCCAGUGGGUCUGGCGACUAAUAUGUAGCGAGGGCCAGCUGAUGACAGCAUACAGGUCGUAGUGGUGGGUGGUAUAUGGGGCUUUGAUGACAAAACGGAUGGUACUGUGAUUAGCAAUGUUGUAGACUGAUGCUGAAACUGAUUCUGAAGUCAAAUAAACUUUACUCUACAAAAGUAGGCUCAACUACCAUGGUUUUCCAUGCAAUAAAUACAAAAUAUGGGAAGUAGCCCAAAAACUGAUCAUAGCGCAAAUGUUAUAACAUUUGUGUGUGUUGCUCAAAACUCAUUAUGGGGUUGGUUAUUAUUGUGACAUGUGCUCCCUCUCCAGGUCACCAGGUUGCUUCUUAUUGCGCAAAGCGUCACGAGCAUCAGCGCCCAAUGACACUCACCUGGACUCCAUCACCCCCUUGAUUAUCUGCCCUAUAUAUGUCACUCCCUUUGGUUCCUUCCCCAGGCAUUAUUGUUUCUGUUUCAUGUCUGUGCGUUGUUUGUGUUUCUUGUUUCGUAUUAUGUUUCGUUCAUUUAUUAAAUUAUUCACUCCCUGAA